AUGCAUUACGCACAUCCUAGAAAUAACUUCAGAGUGCAUCCCUUAUUCCCAAUUUACUGGUAUCCGAUGCUAAGGGCCCGGAUGGAAUCGAUUCAGCACGAUGGUGGCGAUGCCGCCCUGCUGCAUCUCGGUGCUCGUUCACUGCUGAACGAAGUGGACGAGAUGGGUCGUCGAUCGCGAUCACCACAGCAUGUCGAAAUGUACGCUUUCCGGGAUGCUAUCGACGUAAACUAUCAACGGAUGGCUCUCACUGGAGAAGAACUUUCCGGGGUUCCACUGGAAGAUCUGAAAGAGGCAGCGAGAGAACUGAUUGAAGCACUGGCGCUUCGUGAGCAGUACAUGGAUCGAAUUGGAAAUCAGUUCCCUUCCACCACCAAAAAUUUCCUGUCCGGCCUUUAUCCGAAGCACUUGCCACGAAGUCGACGGAAAAACACCGAUAUAAGUUUGUCUUAA